AUGGAGGCAGAAAGACUUCAGGAAGAGGAAGAUGGUAAGCAGGACAUCUCCCCGAAUCAAGGCCCCUCCCAGGAUGAACAGGACUGGCCCCCUCUGAACACCACCACUCGGCCUUGGAGAUCUGCUCCUCCAUCCCCUCCUGCUCCAGGAAGCCGCCAUACAGCCCUAGGGCCCUGCUCGGCCUCCCUGCUUUCCCUGCAGACUGAGCUCCUUUUGGACCUAGUGGCUGAGGUCCAGUCCCGCCGCCUAGAGGAACAGAGGGCCACUUUCUGUGUACCCCAAAGCCCCCCAAACGGAAACCCAGCCCCACCUCGGCCUCUUGAGGAUAGAGAACAGCUCUACAGCACCAUCCUCAGUCACCAGUGCCAGCGGAUGGAAGCCCAGCGGUCAGAGCCUCCCCUACCCCCCGGAGGACAGGAGCUCCUGGAGUUGCUGCUGAGGGUUCAGGGUGGGGGAAGAAUGGAGGAACAAAGGUCCAGGCCUCCCACAAACACUUGCUGA